AUGGCGUCCAUGCUGCUACAGAGCUGCGGCCGGCGGGCCUGGCGCCUGCCCCGCGCGCUGCGCCGCCAGGCCCCGCAGGGUAACUUGGGAGAUCGGGCUUGUCUUAGUUGUUCAUCCCUGAGGUUGGCAAACAAAAUGACUGUACACUUUAAAUAUUGCACUGGUGUCGCUCCUGUUUACACAUACUCCAAAAAAGAUCACUGCUGCUGGUGGACUAAAGCAUCGGAACGAACGUACUUUACUCUUAUGAGCUCUUCUGGCUCAUGGAUGCCCCUGGCAGCCAUGGGUGUUUUAGGACCCAAGUAUCUUCCGGUUAGGUUGUGGCAUUCUUCACGUUCUCUUCAAGAUGACUCCAUAGUUGAAAAGUCCCUGAAGUCCUUGAAGGACAAAAACAAGAAGCUGGAAGAAGGAGGUCCGGUAUAUAGUCCAACAGAAGUGGAAGUUGUGAAAAAAUCUAUUGGACAGAAGAUUGUGGAUGAGCUAAAGCACUACUACCAUGGUUUUCGAUUACUCUGGAUUGACACAAAAAUAGCUGCAAGGAUGCUCUGGCGAAUACUGCAUGGAAAUACUCUGUCACGUCGAGAACGGAGACAGUUUCUUCGGAUAUGUGCUGAUCUCUUCCGCUUGGUUCCUUUUCUCGUGUUUCUCGUUGUCCCAUUUAUGGAGUUUCUGCUUCCAGUAGCUCUAAAGUUGUUCCCUAAUAUGCUUCCCUCUACGUUUGAGACGAAGUCUAAGAAGGAGGAAAGAUUAAAGAAACAACUGAGAGUGAAGCUUGAAUUAGCUAAAUUCCUUCAAGAUACAAUUGAGGAGAUGGCCUUAAAAAAUAAAGCAGCUAAAGGAAACGUUACAAAAGAUUUUUCAACGUUCUUUCAAAAGAUCAGGGAGACUGGGGAAAGGCCCAGUAAUGAGGAAAUCCUGAGGUUCUCGAAACUAUUUGAAGAUGAGUUGACUCUGGACAAUCUAACCAGGCCUCAGUUGGUGGCACUUUGUAAAUUGCUGGAACUUCAGUCAAUUGGGACAAAUAACUUUCUCCGCUUCCAGCUGACUAUGAGGUUAAGAAGUAUAAAAGCAGAUGACAAAAUGAUUGCUGAAGAAGGAGUUGAUACCCUGACUGUUAAAGAACUGCAGGCAGCGUGUCGUGCACGAGGGAUGAGAGCCCUUGGUGUGACAGAGGAGCGUCUCAAGGAACAGCUCAAACAGUGGCUAGAUCUGCACUUGAACCAGGAAAUCCCUACUUCAUUGCUCAUUUUGUCCAGGGCCAUGUAUCUUCCAGACACGCUUUCUCCAGCUGAUCAGCUCAAAACAACACUUCAGACACUACCAGAGAGUGUUGCCAAAGAGGCUCAAGUCAAAGUGGCAGAAGUUGAAGGUGAAAAAGUAGAUAACAAAGCACGGCUGGAGGCAACACUUCAGGAAGAAGAAGCCAUCAGAAAAGAAAAUGAGGAAAAAGAGAUGGAAAGAAUAUCUGAAGCUGCAGAGAAAGCCAAAGAAACUCUUCAGGUUGCAGCUGCGAAAGAAGUAGAGUUGGCAGUAGAUAUUGAACCAGCUGUUCUGCAAGUUAAAGAAAGUCAGGUGGCUAUGGACAGCAAGCAAGAGCUGGCAAAAGCAGAUAUGGAAACGUUGAAAGAUACAGCACCCAUACUGGAAGGCAUUAAGGGUGAGGAAAUAACUAAGGAGGAGAUUGACAUGCUGAGUGAUGCUUGUAAUAAGCUGCAGGAACAGAAGAAAUCGCUAACAAAGGAAAAGGAGGAGCUUGAGGAACUGAAGGGUGAUAUCCAGGAAUAUAACGAGGAUUUGCAAGAAAUAAAGGAGCUUUCUAAAGCUGGCCAGGAAGAAGUAGUGGAAGAAUCAAAGGCGAGCAAGCGACUGACCAAAAGAGUGAACCGGAUGAUUGGUCAGAUAGACAAAAUUAUUAAUGAGUUAGAGACAAAUCAAAAGACAGUGGAUGUAAAGCUUGAUAGAGGUGAUAGUCCUCCUGCUGCUGGGGAGAAUCUCAUCAGUAUUGCUGAGUUAAUUAAUGCAAUGAAACAAAUCCAGAAGAUUCCAGAGGAGAAACUAACGAGGAUUGCAGAGGCAUUAGAUGAAAACAAAGAUGGCAAAAUUGAUAUAGAUAACGUUGUUAAGGUAGUAGAAUUGAUAGACAAAGAAGAUGUUGAUAUUGGCACCAGCCAGGUUGCUGAGAUUAUGGCACUGCUUCAAAAAGAAGAAAAACUGGAAGAAAAGGAGAAGGCAAAGGAAAAGCAUGAUAAAGAAGCUGCAGAAGUAAAGAAUUAAGCUUCAGAAUCUGAAGCAAAGCCCAACUGUAACCAAAAUUGUAUAUCUUUGUGUCUAAUGGCUACAUAUUACUGGAGCUUUUGUGAUUAUGGAAAGUGUUUUGAGCUGAUACUAGUAAUAAAUUAUAGAUACGUUUUCUGACAUAUGGAAUGAAAUUUUUGUUCAUCAAAGAAGUGAUUUAUUGUCAUUCCAUACAGAUGAAAACAAAAUAUGCUGCUUCAGCAGUGUUCCUGCCCAUGAAAUCAUGUUAUAUUUGCACUCAUUGUUGUGGUACAGUGAUCCAAAAUAUUUCUAAUUUAUUUACUUCCAUCAUUACGUGGGGCCCAACCUUGCUCUGCUUCUACCUGCUAGCUUUUGCAGAACUUAAUACAAAUUUUCCCUUCUGUCCCAGUAUCACUUUUUUUUGUAACCUGUUAGUGAAGAUUCUGUGGCUUCAGUAGUAGCUCUUCAGGUUGAGCUUUAUUUAAGCUGAAUAUCACCAAGCCGUUGCCUCAGUGACAGAGAAUGUGACAUUCUAAUCACUUACAAAUUUGUUUUCUUUUCUUUUGAAGGGAAAAUAGGAUUAGUUUUUCCCUAGAACUGAAACUUCCCAUGAAGUUUGCUUCUUACGGGUGCCUUAAAUUAAGAUCAAGGAGUGGAACAUCUCACUUCUACUCAGAGUUCCAUAAAUUACUAAAGCAUUGGAAUCACAGGAGCCUUUCAAGUAGUUCCAGAACAGAUAAUGUAUUUGUCUAAAUAGCAAAAUGAAAUUAACUGUAAGGGGAAAAUGUCAGUUGUGAUCUCGUCACAUAUAUUUUUUAAAAAAUGCAGUUAUGGAGGCAUGUUUGUUGUUAUUCAUGUGGCAGUUAUUUACUCCAUAACUAGUUCUUACCUCUCAGUUGUCAUCUCAGGUGUAACAUCUCUAACCAAGUACAUUCAGAGUACUUAAAUGCUUUCAUCUGACCGUGCAGUCAGCAAGUGAUGUCUGAAAUUGGCAGCGUUUUGAUUACAAUUUUGGCUUUCUAAUUAAUUGAUUGAGUCUUUUGACUCGGGUCAAAGUUUACUCAUUAAUGUCUGUCCUUAGUGGUAAUUUUUUAAGAUUUAAAAUUAAUAUGCCACCUGUAGGAUGUUCAUAAUUCCUGAUAGCCUGAAUUUCCCUGAUUCUUACAGUUUGUGAUAAAAUACAAGAGGUGUGACUUGA